AUGUUAAAUGAUCAUGAACCCUCGAAACGAGGACACGAUGACUCUUACCUGAUCAAUCGCAGAGUCUCCAAUGUGAACACAUCGAAUGGAAAUCCGAACCUCCCUUCAAACCCCACGUCUCGGUCUCGAAAAUCUGAGGACAAGCCUGACUAUGCUCAAUUGAAGAAAGAUGCCCCGAGCCUUGUUGCUGCCGCCGCCCAUGCGGCGGUUCCUAGCUGGACAAGCAUGGUUCUAAUGGUCUCUCUUAUCUUCGGCGGCUGCUGUGCCAAUGUCUUUGCGCUGGAGGCGAUUAUCAAAGAACAGCCUACUGCCGGUCCCUUGAUCACAUUCGCCCAAUUUGCUCUCUGCGCGCUAUUCACAGUCCCAAGCUUCCUAUCCCCCUCAGCCGGAGUACGAGCCCUAUUCCUGAACCCCCGCGCCAUCCCACUACGUUCGUGGGUAGUAUACACCGCUUAUUUCGUGAGCGUCAACCUCCUCAACAACUGGGCUUUCGCAUACAAGAUCUCCAUCCCACUACACAUAAUUCUCCGGUCCGCAGGCCCCGUCGCCUCAAUGAUAAUUGGCUACCUAUACAACGGCAAACGCUAUUCCCGUGGCCAAAUCGCCUCGGUAGGGAUGCUGACGGUGGGCGUCGCGGCAGCCGCCAUUGCCGACGCGCAAUCCAAAGGCGUGUCUAUCCAAGUCAACUCCGGUGCGGCGGACACAGUCACGACCGUUACGGGCUUCACGAUCCUCGCCCUCGCAAUGGUGCUCUCUGCGUUCCAGGGGAUCUAUGCUGACCGGUUGUACGCGACUUACGGUAGGGACCAUUGGAGAGAGGCGCUUUUCUACUCGCAUGCGCUUUCUCUGCCGCUUUUCUUGACGAGUUGUACGCAGUUGCUAGGUCAGUGGCGCGUGGUGGCUUCGUCGCCUUCUUUGCUGUCGCAUUUGGAUUCCAGCUUGUGGGUGUCGUCCGGUGCGGUUGGGACUACUGCUUUCUCGGUGCUGGGGCGGAUUCGCCAGAUUGAGGCCGUGAAGGCUCUUCUGGCGCAUCUGCCGGUUCAGGUAGCUUACCUGGCGAUGAAUGCACUGACGCAGUACUUGUGUAUCCGGGGAGUUCAUCUUCUGUCGGCCAAGUCCUCGUCGUUAACUGUUACUAUUUUCCUGAAUGUCCGCAAGUUGGUUUCGCUGCUCCUGUCGAUCUACCUCUUCGGGAAUCAUUUGGCCGGGGGUGUCUUGGUCGGCGCGACUCUGGUGUUUGUCGGGGGUGGUUUAUAUGGCUUCGAGGGUGCGCGUUUACGAAGCCUUGCUAAAAAGGCCCAGUGA